AUGUUGCACGCAGCUCCUACCAGCGCUAUCCACACAGAUCACCCCAAGCCGGUGCAACCUCCAACCUCGAAAAUGACUCCUCGGUUGUUGAACAAACUCGAUACCAUUCACCACAUCGAGGAUGCUCAUGUCCUUCAUCUUUCACGACAAGUCGAAGUCUUCAUGCAAUUGCUCCCUCGCGACAAUAUCAGCUUGCACCCCGUGGCUGCCGGUGGCGUCGUCUACCUCACCAAGGCCCAUCUCGGCUCACAAAUCAACUGCACUCUUGGCCUGGGCAUGAAAGGCCUCGUCACUACUAACGAUAUUGAACAACUCGAAGCCUUACACACUACUGCGGACUUGACACCUUCCAUCUUGCUUUGCCCAUAUGCAGACCAGAGUGCAUUGCAAGCACUUGCCAUGCGUAGCUAUGUGCUCGACGGGUUCCUGAACAUCUAUGCACGCUCCCUACAUGACAUUCAAGUCGAAAUUGACCCUUACAUGAGCUUCUCCGAGGACCUUACAUUUGGACCCGAAAUGAUCGUCAGCCGAGGCGCAGCAAACGAAGAAAACGGCUCAACAUUUAUUCACGCCUCAGUCGCUGGAUUCAAAGACGAUGGACGGUCAGUCGAGGUUCUCGAAAGCCUAGCGGAGUCAGCAGUGCUACGACGCGACACAAUCUUAUACUUUGCGAAGAUCGAUGGGCAAAUUGCGGGAUGUGGUGCCAUGGCUUUGAUGGAGACCCAGUAUGGCAAGAUCGCACAUCUCUACAUCGACAGCACGACCCCGAACUUCCGCGGGCGCGGUGUUCAACGGGCACUUAUCCGGGCGAGACUAAAUGACGCCAAAUCGCUUGGUUACGACUUUUCCACCAUUCACUGCCUACCGAGUAUUGGCACCGGUCGCAAUGCCGAGAAGGAAGGGUUCGGUCUUGCUUUCACCAAACCUAUGAUGACCAAGAAAUUGGACUAA